AUGGCACCCAAACGCACCCGCGACGAGACCAACCCCGAAGAAAAGCGACCAGCCGCAACGGCCGGCGGCGGCGAUGCGCCAGUCAAAAAACGAAAGGGCUUCACCGUCGGCCCUGCCAAUCUACCCGAUGGCACUUAUCGUCGCAAAACCCAGAAGAUCAAAUCCGACCUGAUCCAAAAAGCCAAGGUCAAGAAAGCGUAUGCCAAAAUCCGCGACGAAGCGCUGGCGGCGGCCCCGCCCAAGCCUAUCUACACGGCCGAUCAAUAUGAAGAAGAAGACGUAGUCGAGCCCGAGCCCGCGUCCGCAUCCUUGGAACUGCACCCGGACCGAAUCGCGAUGCUGAACGAGCCGGAGCCGGAGCCGACGCCCAAGCCUGCUGCUGGUCAACGAGCGGACAACGGCGGCCGCGAUGCGCGGGGGGGCCGUCGGGCCCGGAAACCGAAGCCGUCGGCUUUUGCGAAGGAGUUGGAGCUGGCGGAGAAGCGGAAGAAGGAGGUCGAGAGGCGGAGGGAGGAGAGGGAGUUUAGGCAGAAGGAUCGGGAGGCUAUGGCUCGGGCUAAGAAGCCGGACCAGAGUGGGAAGAGGAGGUUAGGGAGGGAGAGCACCGUGUUGCUGAGUCGGGUGCAACGGAUGGUUGGAUCAGCGUAA